AGGCUGCGAGUCCACUGGUCGUGUUCCCAUGGCUGACUUUGAGGCCCUGUGGAGCCUAUUGCUGCGCUGCUGGGAAGUGCAUGGGAACCAUUCAGCUGAAGAGGUGGUCCAGGUUUGGAAGGAAGAUCGAGACACAGCGGCUGCCAGUGAAGACUUCUUAGGUGCUGCCGUUUUCACUCUCGCAGCUGCUUCCCUUCAAGGGGAAAGCCUUGGGGAGAGAGAGGACAGCAUCAUCGGAGUGGAGCUUUGCAUGGGCUUGGCUCAGCAGCUGGAGAUCACUGCCCAGCAGCGUUUGGCGCAGACUGUCUUGGAAAGGACCUUGAGGCGUUUGGACUCCACUGGGGAUGUGAUUGCCGCGAAAGCUUCGGGCCAGUUGCUAUGCCGCAGCCUUGAUAUCACUCUCAAGGAGUGUACUCAGCCUUUGCGGUCGCUAUUGGCAUUGCUUCUAAGGUGUGUGGGCGAGGAGCAGAUUGGAGCACAGGAAUUGGUGGAGCUCACCAAAGGUGACGUUGCUCUCGCCGUGGCGGUGGUGGCUGAAGCACUGGCUGCGCCGAAACCACCUGGACUUCCGCUGUGGCCCAUGCGACUG